AUGAAAGUACAAAUGUUCACAGUACAUCUUGUCCCAGCUGACAAUAUGUGCCGAUGUGUGACUGCACAUUAUGUGGUCCAUUCUGCAGGAGGAAAAAAGGCUCGUCUGUACUCAUUGUCGCCUGUGACAAUGUGGCAAAGAUCUGCUGAUAAACAGCUAUGUGCUGAGAUAUAUGCAAAGACAGUCACUGAUUUCAGCAAGGCAACAGGGAAAAGAAAAUUUCUGGAAGAAGUCCACUUUGUGGAUUCAAACGAAGCUGUGGUGAAUUUGAUUGUACAGGCUUUUCAAAAAAUAAUUGAUGGCAAAUCUGGGGGAUCGUUACCACAAAAAGUCCAGGGAGCAGAGGGUAGACGUACACCAGAGAGACCAUUGCCAUUUAAGCCAAGGCUUGACAAAUUGAAGCUGGAAAGUUCUGACAAAUUUCUUGUUGAUCAAUUCCAUUUGAAAAAACACUUCAAAGUUGUGCUUUAUAAAGGAGAUAUCCUAAAUGGAAAAGUGGAUGGUAUCUGUUGUGGCCAGGAUAUUGCUUUUAAAAGCAAUGGACAUAUAGCACAGGGAAUUCUAAAGAAGUGGCGAGAAUUAGGAAGUCACAUAAAAUCUAUACAGAAAGGCAGAAUAAACAUGGAAGAUGUAUUUUCAGUUCAAUGCAAUGAUCAAAAAUAUAUUUUAUAUGUGGUCACACACUCCCUUACAAAGCAGAAUGCAAAUGAUGGAGACGUUUUAGAGAGCAUAGGGGCCUGCAUUAAGAAAUUGCUCUGUACAGCAGAAGAAAGUGGAAUACAGAAACUGGCAUUGCCUUUGCUUGGAACAGAACAUGAUAUUUCCAUGCAUCCUUGCGACAAAGGUUUGCAGAGGAAAGCAGAGGAAGUGCCAAAAUAUGAAGAAAAUUGCCCAAGAGUUGUUUGUGUCUUCAGAUCCGGAGAAAAAGAAUGUGAAAAAGAAUUAAAAAACACAAUGUAUCAAUUCAAAAAGUGGACUUUCCUCAUGACAGCAAAGGAAGCUAAAGAUAUUCUUAAAAAGACGUUAGAAGAUAUUCAGACAGAAAUUAGACUAAAAAUAGCCAAUUCCUGUUGUGCAAUUGAAUAUUUCUCAAGAUGUCAGGAGAAAAAUUUCGAAUCCUGGGUAGAAAGAUGUUUCCAACUAACAAAAAUGUGUUUCAGGGAUUUAGAAUUGCUAUCUGUUAGUGGAGAAGUGAAUGCAAUCCAAAACCUUUCAAAACAGAUACAAAAAACAAAUGAAGAUCAUUUUAUUUCAUUAUUCGAGAUGAAGGAUGUUUGCGGCAUUUUCCUUCUUGGAAGAGGAGAACAAAUUAUUGAUAUUAUUUUAGCCUCGCAAGCAUAUUUAAAAAACACCAUUAUACAAAGACCCGAAAAGAAUGAAAACAUUGCAUAUAAGGUAAUAGACAUCUCUUCACUGCAAUGUCGUGUAAUGGCAGCGUUUAAUGGAAUAGAACAGACAAGAGAAAAUUACCCAUACCUGAAAGUUUAUCAAAGUGGUGAGAAUGUCAAGAUGAUUGGAAAUGAAAAUGACUGUGCGGGUGCAACAGAAUUUUUGAAAACCAAUGCCUGGAUGAAGGAUGUUCAAUAUGAAAGGUGCAAACAGUUUAACGGUUUUGAGUUUUUUUUUAACAGAGUAAAUGUGCAAGCCUUUAUUGAUGGUAGAAUAACGAAGUAUGCUGGUACAUGGGCAGUUACUAAACGUACCGAACCUUUGAACAAUGAAUUAAUUUUCAUAUAUGGAAAAACUAGACCCGAUGUGGAAGGGAUAUUGAAAGUUAUCUUAGAAUCUAUCAAAAUAAAAAAGAUUUCAAUUACCUCUUCAGCAUGUACAGAGGAAAAUAUACAAAGAUGGAAAGCGUAUGCCGAGAAACUUGAACAGAGUUUUGGGGGCAAAUUUAAUUUGCAAAUUAGCCCAAAGAAAGACCCAGGCCUCGUUGCAAAUUUUGUCCUCACUUCCGACCUUGUAGAUGAGGAAAGUUUAAAGAUACUUGUAAAUGAAGUCGAAUUAGGAAUACCAAGAAAGGAAAAGAUACCACUAAAACGAAAACAUUUUAUUUGGCUUCAAAAAUGCUAUCUUAAUUUUUUGAAAACGGAAGCCAAGAAAAUUGACAUUGGUAUAAAUUUUGUUUCAGAAAAUAAUGAAGUUGAAAUUGCAGGUCUUUCUUCAGGUUUGACGGAGAUGAAACAGUUACUCAAUUCAAUUUAUAUGAAAGAACAGAAAAUAUUGCUCCCCUUUGCAGCUUUACCUUCUAAGGUCACAGAUUUUCUAAGGGAAAUCCGAUGCUGCUUUCAAUACAGUCCAUUUAAAACUUCAAUAUUGUGGAUAAAAGGAAAUACAGGAAUUGUCGUAUACAAAGGAGAUUCUGGAACAGACUGUCUCUAUACUGAUGUCAACGUUAAGCCUGUAGAGUCUGACGAAAAAGAUGUGGUUGUUGAAUGGCUUAACGACGAGAAAACUGCACAAUUGAAAUUUCCAUUAUGGCGUGGAGGGGGGACAAGAGAGAAAAAUCAAAUUAAAGAAGUUUUGCAACUGUUAUUUACCGAGGUUAAAAAGCAGAACAAAAAAUAUGUAGCUUUUGACUUGCAAAAUGUGUCAUUUUGGCCAGUUGAAACUUUUGUUGAAAGUAUUAUUGACUGUGUCCCAAAACCCCCAGAAGGCCUCAUAAUUUGGAUCAGUCACCCUGAUGAAAUUACGUUUCAAACUGCCGUUAACUGCCUAAAGGAAGCAGAACUCACCAAGACUGGGCGAAAUAUGAAAAGUUCUAAAAUUGAGUUAAAAGUCAUCAAGGGAAGGAUAACAGAACUACAAGAAAAGGUGGAUGUGAUUGUAAAUACAACGUCAUUAAGCUUAGAUAUGACAAGUGGAGCAGUUUCAGCGUCCAUACUAAAAGCUGCAGGCGAUGGACUGAAAUCAGAGAUAGCUCAAGUUCCAGCCGACCGCAAAACUGGUCAAACAAUUAGGGUCAAUUAUGGGGAUGUUGCUGAGACCUUCGGAUACAGAUUGAAUUGUGAGAGAAUCUUUCACGGGGCCCUUUAUAAGUGGAAGGAUGAUCAAGAAAAAUCAUUAAACGUUCUCCGACAAUUUGUGAAGAAGUGCAUAUCUCGAGCAGACGAGAGAAAAUUAAAAACUUUGGCAUUCCCUGCCAUUGGAACCGGACAGUUAAGAAUUCCUGCAGCUCUGGUAGCAUCUAGUGUGAAAAACAUAGUUGAAGAGUAUGCAGCUUCAGGCGAUCACAAACAUGUAGAAAAAAUCUUAUUUGUUAUUCAUGAAAAAGAUGAAGACAAUUUCAAAGUGUUUCGAACUAUUUUGGAGCACGAAAAUGGGAACACCAUAGAAACGCCUGAGAUUCCAGUACUAUACAAAUUUUCUGUGUAUGGUGAGGAACACAAUGUUGUGGGUGCAAUGAAUGUUCUGGCGGGACUGUUUCGAGAAUAUGUUAAAGAAAAAUAUGAAUUGGCAAUGUUAUCUCAAGAACAAAAGAAAGAUACACAUCAGCAGGAAAGUGUUCAAGUUCAACCUAUUGUAAAAACAAUUGCAGAUAAAUUCUUUAGAAGCUUUGUAAAUGAAAAAUACACUUUGCGGAAACUGCCUAUCCAGGCAAUAACAAAUAUCAAAGCAAAGCUAAGUUCUAAAGUAAUAAGCAUACUAAAAAGGAGGGGAGUUACAUCAGAGGAUUUUAAGAGAAAGACCGGGGCUUAUCUUGGCACUGAUACAUGGACAGUAGAAGGAAGCUUGCUUAUGGUACAGAACGGAGAGAGAUUUAUUAAAGAGUUGGUAGUCCAAGAGUAUGAAGCACCAAACUCUUCUAUACAAAAUGGGAAACAACCUGCAAAUAGUCUGGAUUCCACACUAGACACAGUCUUAUCAAGGAAGUAUUCAAUUCCAUGUAGCAUUCAUAAAGAAAAAGCACUAAGAGAACUGUUUUCAAGUACGGAACUGCCUUUUUCCAAUGUGAAUAUUGUUGAAGUCAUAACAGGUCAAAACAUGAUAAGUGGAACACAAAGAAAUGUAAACCCCUUUGAAAAAGCCCUCUCAGAAUUACAAUUUGAAGAAAUUUCAGAAAUUUCCUUGGUGGAAUUUCAGGACUUUGAGAAAAAUAAAUCAGAGAAUAUUUCAGUUUCAUUUGAUAAAAAAAGAAAAACUAUGAUAAUACUUUCGAGAUCUCUUGAAUUGCUACAACGUUCCGUUGAGGAGUUUCGAAGAUUACAACAUGAUUCUUUGGCUUUAACUGAGGGAGAAUUCAAUUCGAUCAUCUUUUUUGAGAAGUUAUUGCGCAAAGAUUUUCCAAAAAUUGAUGGAAAAAUAAUGGUUGAAGGUCCUAAGUCUUUCGUUGAUCAAUACAGAUUAGUAUUAGAUAAAUUGAAAAAGUAUCCUGUUCAGAGUAUUUCUAUUACAGACCGUGUCAGAAGUGAUGCAAAAAUGUUUUUAUCUCAGUUUUCAAGAGAAAAUAAAGAUGUAUACGUUCAAAUGAAAGAGAACAAAAUAUUCAUUACUGGGAAGAAAACGGACGAAGUUCUUUCCGCAAAGCAAAAAAUAGACGAACAGAUAGAAAUGUUGAGAAAACGGAACAUAGGUCUAGCAAGCAGUGGUAUCCAUGAACAUAGCUUAGCCUCAGUGAGUACGAAAAAGCACGAGAAAGCUGACAUCCCAGAUGUAAAUCCUAAGCUUGUAUCGCCUAAGAAGACAGACAUUGUUUUUGAAAAUAGGGACGUGAAAGUUUAUGUUUUCAAUGCCAAUAUUCUCCAAGUUAAAGCAGAUGCAAUUGUGAAUCCGAUGUCGACUGAUUUGUCUCAUUGCAUACUCAGUGAAGCAGGCCCCUCAGUUCAAAUGCAAUGUUCUGAAAUUUUUGAUUCAAAGAAAGAUAAUGUACUUCACCUUGGAAAAGCCUUUGUCACAGAUGGGGGCAAAUUGUCUCAUCUGCUAAAAAUCAUACACGUGAAUGUACCAAACUGGAAUAAUUACGCUGAGUUAAAAGUAGAGAGUCCAUGUGAAAAAUGUAUGGAAGAUAUUGCUGAAACAGUGAAAGUUUUCCUAGAGAAAGGACAUCACCAAAAUGUUAAUGCCAUUGCAAUACCACCUAUAAGUACAUGUGGAGUUGGAUCUGUGCCACUUCCUGUUUGUGGUAGAGCGUAUGUAUCUGCUGUGACGUCAUACAUAGACGCUUACCCAAAGGAGGCCACAAAUAAAAUCAGAGAAAUCUACUUUGUUGAUACAGAUCAGUUUAAAUUAGACGCCAUUAAAUUCGCAUUUAGUGGUUUACAACAUUGGGUUUUCCAUCAAGCUGACAACGAACAGCAUUUUUAUCAUGGCGGAGGAAAAGUAAUCAAAAUAUUUGCCAGUGAAAUUUUAUUUGCAGAUGCUGAAGCAUUAAUAGCCCCACAGGAUGUUGAAAUGAAAAGUGAACGUUAUAUUGCCAAAAGUCUUAAACGGUGCGAAUGCAAAUCAUAUGAUCAGGAAAUUGCCAAGUUUCAUAGAUGUGCAUGGUGUGUCGGAGAUAUCAGAACCACAUCUGCUCCGAAAUCUUUGAAAUUUUUCCAAAUUUUGCACGUUUAUUCCCCGAGUUGGAGAUCCAACGUUCCAUUAGAUGUAAAAGCUAGAGACUUGAGGACCUGCAUUAAAAACAUAUUCAAAGAGGCAUCAAAACUUAAGCUUGGGACAAUUGCAAUACCAACAUUUGGUGGAGGAAUAAAAGACAAUAUCAUCAAGCAGAAAAUAUUUAAAGAAACUGCUGGAGCAAUCGUUGAAUGUCUUAAAGGAACUCCUUGCUGCACUAUUCGCGUCAUUUCCAUCAUAGACAGUGAUGAAUUGAACAUUGCUUUAAUGAUUUUAGAAUUUUACAACAUAUUGAGUCAAGAUGGAAAGAUAGAAAACAUGGACUUCUUUGACGUUCAAAGACCUAAUUUACAAGUGUCAGAAACUGAAAUUUAAUCUGGAGAGCAUCCUAGUAAAUUGAACGGUUUGAAAUGUAAUGUCUAUCAAUUUAAAAAAAGUGAAAUUAAUUUUAGUAUAUCCAUAUCUUUCUUUUCAUUGUACUUGCAUCUUGCAUCUAUAACACAAGAUUUAGUACUUGAAUCUCUAAUUAGGAACGCUUCUU